AUGGAUGCAUUUGCUGGAGGCAAAUCGAGACGAGGCAUGGCCGAAAAUGAGGUAAGAUCGGCAUUUAAAUCGCUCAAAUGUGGUCAAAAGGCGGGGCCUGGCCUGGCCUGGUCUGGCAUUUCGGCAUCAGCGCGGCAGUAUCGAUCGUUCCAACGUCACGCCAGCAGGUCAUGGCGUGCUGGCGUGAUGGGCUUGUGCCUCAGCGCCGGGACAGAUGACGGUGAUGUCGCCGCUCACGCGAUUCAGACCUUCAGCGACGUCGCCGGCUCGCCAAAAGUGGUCGUUGAGGCUGCGGCUGGGGAUCUGAAGAAGGGAGAAUGA